UCCCCGUCCGCCUGAGCCGCUACAGGAGAGGGAGAGAGAGAGAGAGAGGGAGAAGAGUGCGGCUGAAUGUGAACGACAUGUCGACAGUCAGCCUCUAAAGUGUUUUCUCGGUCGUUCCCUAAUUCUUUGGCGGCGGACUGAGUGAGUAUUACCCGCAUCCCGGCUCUGCUAAGCGUCGCUGUGUGGAUCAGAGAGGCUGGUGGGGAGAGACAGACAAUGGGGAGUGCAAUUGGAUUGCGUUACUCUGCCAAGGAUUUUCAUACAUAGCCUGUGCGGUGAAGGGCCGAUGCCGGGCUGUAGCCCCAGGCUGCUGAGCUGAGAGGGAGAAGCAGCAGCAGGAGGAUGCAGUGGGUCGCUCUGGCAGUGGCCCUUGGGUGCGUGCGUCUGUCCCGGACGUCGCAAGGCCCCACCCCCACCCCCACCUCCACGCACACGCCUCUGGUGGACAACUCCGAGGAGGAAGUGGACGAGCCGUGCUUCGAGCCGUGCACGUGCGAGGUCAAAGAAGGCAUCCUGCACGUGCACUGUGAUGGGCGGGGCUUCACUAAUGGCAGCCAGGUGUCACAUUCGUGGGUCCGCCCUUUUAAACUCAACCUCCAGAGGAACUCUCUGAGGCGUCUCUAUAGCAACGGAUUCCAGCACCUUGGCAACGCUGUGUCGAUAAACCUUGGCAACAAUGCACUCCAGGACAUCCGAGUGGGAGCUUUUAACGGGCUGGCCAAACUGAGACGCCUGUACCUGCAUGAGAACAAGCUGGAGGUCUUCAGAAAUGACACCUUUGCCGGCUUAGAGGCUCUGGAAUACCUCCAGGCUGACUACAACGUGAUCAAACGAAUCGAUAGCGGUGCUCUGAGGUUCCUCUUCAAGCUCCGGGUUCUGAUCCUCAACGACAACCUGAUUCCCAUCUUGCCAGCUCAUCUGUUCAGAUCUGUGUCUCUGACUCAUCUGGACCUGCGGGGAAACCGUCUGAAGAGCCUGGCAUAUGCUGGGACGCUGGAGUACAUCGGCCGCUUCCUGAUGGAGCUGCAGCUGGAGGAGAAUCCCUGGAACUGUGGCUGCGAGGCGCUGCAGCUGCAGCAGUGGCUGGGUCAGAUCCCCUACACAGCAGUAGUUGGGGAAGUAACCUGUGAGUAUCCCUUCCACCUUCACGGGAAGGACCUGAGAGAGAUCCCCCGCAAGGAGCUGUGUGCGGACCUCCCGGAUAAGGAACUACAAGGCGAGGUAGGCGGCUCUACGGCGGGGUCACAGCCCAAACAUUUGCCACCAAACUCUAAACCCAACUCUAACCCGGGGCGCGUCCGACCGACUAAGCCGUCCUCCAUGGUUCAUGGCUCCCGUCAGAACACUCACACUUCCUCCACUUCCUCGUCCUCUUCCUCAGCCGAGCGUAAAGACAAAGAGAGGCAUCCAAGACCGACAAAAAGACCACGACCCUCGAGAAUAUCCCCCACACCUCGCAACCAGAAUCCCCCAGUGGCUGGCUAUCAAACCCGACCCCCAAUCCCUAUAAUUUGUCCCCUGGGCUGUACCUGUAACCUGCACAUCACAGACCUGGGCCUAACCGUCAACUGCAAGGAGAGCAACUUCCUCAACGUGUCACAGCUAACGCCUCGGCCCCUCAACGGCCGCAAGCUAUACCUUAGUGGGAACUUAAUCCAGAGGAUUUAUCGCACAGACUUUUGGAAUUUCUCCAGCCUCGACCUGCUCCACUUGGGAAACAACCGGAUCUCGUACCUCCAGGAGGGGGCCUUCUCCAGCCUGAGCAGCCUCCGCAGCCUCUACCUGAACGGGAACAACCUUGAGAGGCUCAGCCCGCACAUGUUCCUGGGACUGCAGAAUCUGAGGUACCUUUAUUUUGAAUACAACGAGAUCCGAGAGGUCGAUCCAGGAACCUUCGACUCCAUGCCAUCUCUCGUGCUGUUGUUCCUCAACGCCAACCUGCUGCGGAGCCUCCCCCUCGGCGUGUUCUCUGGAGUUAAUCUUGCUCGCCUCAAUCUGAGAAACAAUCACCUCCUGCAGCUCCCCUCUGUGGGCGUCCUGGAGCACCUUACCGGACUGGUGCAGGUGGACCUGCAGCAGAACCCGUGGGAGUGCAACUGUGAAGCAGCUCCACUCAAGCGCUGGCUGGAGGGGCUCAGCGCGGUGGUGGUGAUGGGAGAAGUGGUCUGCCAUUCCCCGGAAAAGACCAAAGGCGUAGACCUGCGCUCCCUCUCCAUGGAGCUGCUGUGCCCCGAGCUGGAGCCGCAGGAGGACCAGGAGCAGGAGGAGCAGCAGACAGCCACGUCCACUGCUGCGGACGGAGGUGUAUCUGUUGCCUACCCCGGCUCAGGCCUGGGCCCGUUGAUCCCCCCAGGGAAGGAUUCGAUCCCUCUUUCAGUGCUGGUGCUCAGCCUGCUGGUGUUGUUUGUGUCUGCGUUCUUUGCGGCGGCGGCGCUGAUCGCCUACGCCCUGAGGAGGAGGGACAAGCUGCCGUUCCGCCGCCAGGGAGAGGUGGACUUGGCAGGGAUCCAGAUGGAGUGUGGGAUUUUCACCGAGCAGACACACCACCACCACCACCAUCACCACGGCCUUCCAGAGACACCGCCUCUACCUGCACCUGAACAUAACCACGUCUAUGACACCAUCUUGCCCCCGGAGGCUGCACUGAAAGGCCAGAGCCCAGCUGCAGCCUCGCACAUGUGUAGCAACCCCAUCUACAAGGAGGAGCAGGAUGCAGCCGUGAAGCAGCGAGCGCAGACGUUCGCAGCUUCCAAAGAGAACGGGGAGGGGGGUUACAGUUCUGCAGCGGAGAAGGAGAGGCAGUGGACCCUGGAGGUGUCUUCGUCUCCCAUCAACACAAUCACGGGGGCAAUGGGAUCGCUCGCCGGCCUCCACGGCAACGGCAUCCUUUGCCCCACCGUCAUCGACAGCCAGGGUCCCACCCCUAAAGUGGAGCUGGUGGACUGCCUCUUCAGACUCCCCACCCCCGAGUUCAGAGACCUGCCAGACAGGUACGCGAGGCCGCCGCCCUGCUACCCCCACCCCCAAGACUCCAAACAGGAUGCCAGACCCGACCAAACGCUCGUGGUCACCACCGCCAGUACCCCCGCCGGCGGUGGAAACAGCAGCCAGAGCGAACAGGGAGCGGGAGAGCAGAGACUGAGGACCACUCCGGACUACAUGGAGGUGCUGGACCGCUCUUACCAGUUUUAACAAUCCUAGUCCUCCUUCACCUUGUCCUCCUCUUCCUGCUGCUCCUCCUCUCUCGUCUCCCCAUCAUCUCGCGCUCUGGUGAUGAAUCAUCCGGUAACAAUGACUCCUGUGUAGUGGCUGGCGUGGCUUUCAAAAGGAGUCUGUGGGGGAGCAGGACAGCGCCACACACCGUGUUUAUUCCUGGAUAACGAGCUGAGGUCGUUUUUUUUUUUUUUUUUUUUUGUAUUUUCCCCUCAACGGGUCGUUGUUCGGCAAGGAUUAGCUGAUCCCAGAAAUCUGCCUGGAGGCGAAACUUCAGCUGCAGCUACAACAGAAAUUUUCCC